CAAUAAAAUACAACAUGGGAAAAGAGAAAAAGAAAAAAGAAAGAUAUAGUGAUCGACAUGUACACAGUUCUGACAAACGAAGGAGGAGGAAAGAUUCAGACUCAUCGGAUGAAGAUUCAGAUUCUGAUUCAUCUGAGGAUUCCAGGUCACGUUCAAGGUCACCCAUUCAGAGAUACAGGAAAAGGUCAAGGUCUCCGAGACACAAGAGAAGGUCAAGGUCACCGAAAUACCAAAGAAGGAAAUAUUCAGAUUCUGAUUCCUCAUCCCCUAAACGCUCAUCUUCAUCAUCAAAAUCCAAGAAGAAAAAACAUGAAAAAAGGUCUUCAAAGAGUGCAAGGAAAGAGAGAGACAUUGCUGAAGUGCAAGAAGAAAAAAGACAGCAAAAGGAGUUGAUAAAGGCUUUAGAAACUCCGGAGGAGAAACGGGCUAGAAGACUGGCUAAGAAAGAAGCAAAGGAACGGAGACGCAAAGAGAAAAUGGGUUGGGACAAAGACUAUCUGGGUUACACCAAUGCUGACAAUCCAUUUGGAGAUGAACAUUUACUUGAUACAUUCACCUGGGGGAAGAAAUUGGAAAAAGAAGGAAAGAAAAACUUAACAAAGGAAGAAAUUCAGCAUCUUCACAAACAGAAAAUGGAUGAAAGUAGACGUGAACUGGAGAAAGUGAAGAAAAGAAGGCUUGAAAGAGAGAAAGAAGAUGAAGAAAGAGAAAAAGAAAGAGAGAUGAUGCAGAGAGAGAAAGAAGUUGAAUACUUCAGAGAAUGGGAGAAACAGGAGGACAGUUUUCACUUAAACCAAGCAAAAAUGAGAUCCAAGAUCAGGAUUCAAGAUGGACGAGCCAAACCCAUUGACUUGCUGGCCAAGUACAUAAAUGCAGAAGAUGAUGACCUGGCUAUUGAAAUGCAUGAACCUUAUACAUACCUCUAUGGUCUGACUAUCCCUGACCUUGACGAUCUUCUGGAGGACAUCAAGGUAUACCUGGAGUUAGAGGAGGGAAAGAAUGCUGACUACUGGCGUGACAUCAUCACGGUCACUAAAGAUGAGCUCAAUAAACUAAAAAAACUAGAUACUAGUCAAAGAGAAUUUCAUGAUCGACGUGAAGGCAUUAACGAGUCUGUCAAUGUAGAAGUGGCAGGUAUCUUCAAAGGCAAGACGACAAGUCAGCUAGUUGCUCUAGAAGUGCAGAUGAAAAACAAACUGAAAGGAGGUGAAGGUGUUGAUGUAGGUUACUGGGAAUCAUUACUCCAGCAACUCAAGGCCCAUAUUGCAAGGACAAGACUCCGAGAGCGUCAUCAGGAUGUUCUACGACAGAAGCUCUUUAAACUUAAACAGGAGCAAGGAAUAGAAUCCCAGCCCUUGUUUCCUUCUGCAAUGGGAACGGAGAGUUCUGUGUCAAGGGAAAGCACUCCACGUCUAGAGACUGUUAUGGCACCACCUGAAGUUAAAGAAGAGCCAGAAGAAAGACAGGAGGAGUCUGAUGGUCCUAGUGGAGAGGCAGAAGAUGAGGAUGAGGGUGAUGAGGCGGUUAUCACUGAAGAGGACUUGGAGGAGCAGGCUUAUGUAGACUAUGAAGCUGGGAAAUACUCACCUAGGCUCUUACGUUUUAAUGACCUGGAGAUAGAUACAAUUGUGUACGACCCGACUGAUGACAUGAAAAAACUAGAACUAGCUCGACAGCAAGUCAGAACACUUGGCCAAGUUAGGUUAGAUGGAGAGACAGAGUUUGAGAAGAAAGCCCGAGAGGGUAUGAAUGAUGAAGAGGCCCAGUUCAGUGUAGAGGUUGCUCUGGACCAGCAGGCAUUCCUUUGGUCAGACAAAUACAGGCCUCGCAAACCUCGCUUCUUCAAUCGAGUUCAUACAGGAUUUGAAUGGAACAAGUAUAACCAGACCCAUUACGACAUUGACAACCCACCUCCAAAGAUUGUACAGGGUUACAAAUUCAAUAUCUUCUACCCUGACCUCAUAGACAAGACAGAGACUCCUCAGUACACUUUGACACCUAUUGAGGGAGAUAAGGACUUCGCUACACUCAAGUUUCAUGCUGGUCCCCCAUAUGAGGAUAUUGCCUUUAAGAUAGUAAACAGAGAAUGGGAAUAUUCUUACAAACAUGGAUUUCGCUGUCAGUUCCAAAAUAAUAUCUUCCAGCUUUGGUUCCAUUUCAAGCGUUACAGAUACAGGAGAUGAGGAAAUAUGCUGAAUUUAGGAAAUUUAUAAACAUGAAUGUUUUGACGUUGAGGAAUCAUUGGAAAAAAUACCUCUCUGUAGAAGAAAAACCAGUAUAUAGGUACAUAUAUAUAAUGGAAUGGUUCAGUUGUGCACUUUUAACAUGAAAGAAAUGUUAUCUAGCUCACACAGUACUUACUAUUAAUCAUCUUGUAAGCCAGUAGUAUGAAUUAAUGAUAUGAACUGGAAAGUUAACAUCAACUUGACCUUGACUGAGUGAUAAACCUAAUAAAAUAAGCAUUGAGGGAAGUAAUGAAGUGUAGAAAGUUUAGGUUUCCAUUAUUUGGUUCUGCUAUAUGUGUACUAAUCAUUUCUUUGUAACAAGGUAUAUAAAGUGUUGGCAGAAUGUGUGUGUAGAGGCAGAGGAAACAGUGUAAGGAGGUAGAGGAGACAGUGUAAGGAGGUAGAGGAGACAUUGUAAGAAGGUAGAGGUAGAGGAGACAGUGUAAGGAGGUAGAGGUAGAGGAGACAGUGUAAGGAGGUAGAGGUAAAGGAGACAGUGUAAGGAGGUAGAGGAGACAUUGUAAGAAGGUAGAGGUAGAGGAGACAGUGUAAGGAGGUAGAGGUAGAGGAGACAGUGUAAGGAGGUAGAGGUAAAGGAGACAGUGUAAGGAGGUAGAGGAGACAUUGUAAGAAGGUAGAGGUAGAGGAGACAGUGUAAGGAGGUAGAGGUAGAGGAGACAGUGUAAGGAGCUAGAGGUAGAGGAGACAGUGUAAGGAUGUAGAGGCAGGUGAAACAGUGUAAGAAUGUAGAGGCAGGUGAAACAGUGUAAGAAUGUAGAGGCAGGUGAAACAGUGUAAGAAUGUAGAGGCAGGUGAAACAGUGUAAGCAUGUAGAGGCAGGUGAAACAGUGUAAGCAUGUAGAGGCAGGUGAAACAGUGUAUGCAUGUAUGAAGAGAAAAAUGUGAUAUCGUGUGAAGCAGAAACUAGUAGAGUGUGUUAGCUUAAAUAUUAAUGAGAUGUAGAUAGUGACUGGUUUAUGUAAAUGAUGUAUGGCAGAAUGAUUUUGUAUUGGUAUAUUUUAUAUCCAGACAUUAAUCUGUGAUGUGAUAUACAGUGCAGACAAAAUAAAAAAAUAAGUCAUGAAAA